AAUGCAAAAGACCUGAGUGCCACCUCUUGUCCUCUUCGACUCACCUUGAACAACCCUUUGUUUUAAUUUGGGGAUUCUUAUUUGAAUAACUUAUUAUUAUUACUCCACCGCCGAAGCCAGCCGUCGUUGCUAACCACUUAAACGCCGCCACCAACCACCACACCAGGCUGAUUUAUUGCAAUGAGCACAACAGAGGAUGCAUCCAAGAAAACCGCCCGUCCCGAAUUAGUGAAGAUGAAUGCAGCGUUUAAACUGGCUGAAAAAUGGGUUAGUAACAUGACUGCAACCACUGAUAAAGAAUCUACUCGAGUUGUCUUAGAGGCUCGACCUCCGGGGCUUGGAAUAGGUGCAGUUGUUCCCCGCCAUCAACCCAACGUCGCAUUGUCAAAUGAUCCCGUUGAAAGAAAGUUACGCGCCUUAACAGAUGCUGGAAAGCGAAAAUUUUCCAAAAUUGAGGAGGAAAAUAAGUCGACCCCACGAGAUGAAGGGACUGAUGACGAGGAUGAAGAAACCGAAAGCAGAACUAAAGCAUUUGUUAAAAAGAAAGCACCCAGUUUGCCUUCAUCUCUACCCACAAAUAAUAAAAACAAGUAAAUUUGAUGUGUUUACAUUCUUCAUUUUAGAUAAUUCACAUCUUAGUUUUAAAUUUAACUUUUCCGUCGAUUGUUCAUGAUCAGCAAAAUUUUAGCAA